AUGGGGUACUUCGCUCACGAGUUCGCGGAUGAUGAGGAAAAGUUCGACUCGUCAAGUGCGGACAUCUCUGGUUUUGAAAAAGCCGGAAUAGGUAGAGAGUUUGAAGACAAAGCAAGAGAGUGA